AUGAAUAAUGAAAAGAGAAAUUCGCGGGGUAGAGGCCGCGGAAGAGGCAGAGGUCGGGGCCGAGGCAGAGGUCGCGGCCGUGGCAAAAAGGUACCAAAAGUUAUGUCGUCGGAUGAAGAAGAAUGUUCUGUAGAAGAAACAACUCAGGAUAUUGAAGAACCUGCACCAGAGGAAACUAAAGAAGAAGCUGAGCCUGCUGAGCCCCCAAAGUUGGAAGUACCAUCAGAUAUAUCUCAGCUUGAAGCUCCUGUAUUCACUACAAUACAACGUGGUCCGCCAGAGCCUAUGCUUCGUUUGGAUUGGAGCCACAGAGCUACUCUGAUCGGAGAGAAAGUUCUCAACCCUAUGAUUUACUGCUGUGAUAUUUGCUCUAAACCAAUCCUAAUAUAUGGAAGAAUGAUUCCAUGUAAACAUGUAUUUUGUUUAUCUUGUGCCAGAUCAGACCACACACACUGUCCUCGGUGUAGAGAGAAAGUGUUGCGGGUGGAACAGACUGGUUUAGGAACAGUGUUUAUGUGCACACACUCCGGAACAAGAUAUGGAAACACUGGCUGCAGGAGAACUUACUUAUCACAGAGGGAUCUCCAAGCUCAUAUAAACCAUCGGCAUGUGUCGUCUGGGGUGACGGAGAGCAAACCGGAACCUGAACCACCAGCAACCACUGUAGCCAUUGUCAAACCUAUGACGAUCCCGUCAGCGGGCGACCCGCGCGCGCACUCGCUGGGGCACGGCGCGCACGCGGCGCACAGCGCGCACGCCGCGCCCGAGCGCCGGCCCGCGCGCACCAACCUCAUCACCGUGCCCAUCCAGGACCAGACUGACUCACACAACUACUAUAAUUACUAUCAACAGAGCGCGCCAGGUGUGGGCGGGAGCGCGGUGCCGGCGGUGACGUCGGUGCCGGUGCUGACGCACAACAUGAGCGUGCCGCCGCCCUACUACGUGCCGCCCUACGCCACGCCGCCCGCCCACGCGCCGCCCGCCGCCCACGCGCCACACGCCCCGCCCGCCCCGCCCGCGCCCUACGUGCCGCCAGGAGGAAGCAUGACACCAAACGUGGCUGGAGUGUCGGCCAUGGGCGCAUCCGUGGGCAUGGGCGUGAGUGGCGUGAGUGGCGUGGGCGGCGUGGGCGAGGCGGCGCGCUGGCCCGACGGCUACCAGGCGCCCGCCGUCCCCGUGCAGCCGUGGCCGCAGCCCCAACACCACUACUAUCGGUAG